GCUCCACAGUGUCUAAAGAACAAGAAGCAGAAGCAAAUAAUAAUCAUAACUUGCUUGUAAUUGCUAUAAUGGCGCUGGAAAUUUUCCACAAGGAACACACUUUGAAAAUGCGUAAAAAGCUGAUUGGGCAGUCAUGCAGACUCUUUUUCUCUCAUGACCCAGUGAAAAUAGUGAGAGCACGAGGACAGUAUUUAUAUGAUGAGAACGGGACACAGUACUUGGACUGCAUUAGCAAUGUGCAACACGUGGGCCACUGUCAUCCCAGCAUCACUCAGGCUGCGGCAGCUCAAAUGGAGCUUCUUAAUACAAACACCAGGUUUCUACAUGAUUAUAUAGUGCAGUAUGCUGAGCGCCUUGCAGCCACUCUACCCAAGAAGCUCUGUGUCUUCUACUUUGUCAACUCGGGUUCAGAAGCGAAUGAUCUCGCCUUGCGGCUGGCCCGUCAGUACACCCAGCAUGAGGAUGUUAUAGUUCUAGACCAUGCAUAUCAUGGCCACCUUACUAGUCUUAUUGACAUCAGUCCUUACAAGUUCCGGAAGCUAGCAACCCAAAAAGAGUGGGUUCAUGUGGCACCAAUCCCUGAUACCUACAGAGGUCUUUACCGUGCAGAUCAUCCCAACCCAGCGGAAGCCUAUGCAGAUACUGUGAAGAGUCUGAUUGAUGAAGUACAUAAGAAAGGACGCAAGAUUUCGGCUUUCUUUGUAGAGUCCUUACCCAGUGUUGCUGGACAGAUCAUCUUGCCACCUGGAUACUUUGAAAAAGUUGCACAAUAUAUCCGGGCUGCAGGAGGUGUUUUUGUAGCUGAUGAAAUUCAGACUGGCUUUGGCCGUGUGGGAAGCCACUUCUGGGCUUUUCAGCUCCAAGGCAAAGACUUCUGCCCUGACAUUGUGACUUUGGGCAAACCAAUGGGCAAUGGGCAUCCUUUGGCAUGUGUGGUUACCACAGAGGAGAUAGCUGGUGCCUUUACGUCCAAUGGAGUGGAAUAUUUCAACACUUUUGGUGGAAACCCAGUGUCUUGUGCAAUUGGCCUCGCAGUACUCGAUGUGAUUGAGAAAGAGGGCCUAAGAAGUAAUGCAGUCCGUGUUGGAAAUCAUUUGAUGAAGCUUCUUCGAGAGCUCCAAGCUACACACCCAAUUAUUGGAGAUGUCCGCGGUGUAGGUCUCUUUGUGGGCUUUGAACUGGUUAAAGACAGGGUGCUUUUAACACCAGCAACAGAAGAAGCAGCACUGCUUAUUAGGAGGCUGAAAGAAAAACAUAUAUGCUUGAGCACAGAUGGACCAGGAGAGAACGUCAUCAAGUUUAAACCCCCCAUGUGUUUCAGCAUGCAGGAUGCUGAAAGGGUCACUGAACAAAUCGAUCGCAUUCUCACAGAAAUUGAAGGUGGCCUUUAAGACCUGGACACCAGAAACAAUCAUGAACAAUGAACAAACAGAGGAGUCAGAAGAAGAAACAAGGAAGAACACUAAUCAUAUGAAAAUUGAAAUAUUUUAAGAGGAAACACUUGUUUACUAUAUACAUAUGUAAAUCUAAACAUGUGUAUCGUUUAUAAUAUACAUAGACUUAUGAAACAUGAUCUGUAGAAAUAAGAGGAAAACUUUGAAUUAAGAGUGAUUUGAGUAAUUUGCUUUAACCAAACACACACACACACACACACACACACACACACACACACACACACACACACACACACACACACACAGACAGUGUGUGUCUGUCAGUGUUCUAAACACCACAGAAAUGGACUCGUGGUCAUCAGGGAAUUUUAUACCGUAUGUUAACAAUACUAAAGUGCAUAUUCUAAAGCUUUUUACAAAGUGAAAAUCAAGCAUAGCUAUUCAAGUGUUACAUUGUAAUGUGUGUAUCAGUGAACUUCUUAAUCACACAUAAAUGACUAAUGUAUGUUAUCAAUUCAUUCAUAAUAAAUAUUUUUAUU